CCAAACACAGUCCAGAUUUUCCAUGUGGCCCCCCUAUAGAAAUUAGUUGCCCACCCCUGCAGUAGCGUGUACUGUGCAAGUGAAUUGAUAUGGUCAGAUCAGGUCAUGCAGCUCCUCCCUCCUUUUGACAAAUGACUUCACAUAUAUGCUAUCUCUAGGAUUUUGGUUGUUAAUAACGAGUUGCUUGCCAAAUGACAAGAAGAGGCUGUUUUCAAGCUUCUGGUUCCUGGCUUGUAGGGAUAGGCUAUCGGUGCUGGUCCUGGUCCUUCACAAGUUCUUCACUUAAGCAUAAGACAUUGAGGCAUUCCAAAGCCUCCUGGCAAACACGGGUGAGCCUGUCAAUGGCCUGAAUUUCUAGAAUAAAUGCUUGUUGCGUUAUUUCAGUUCUCUCUCUUCCUUCCCCCCCCCCGCUCUCCUCUGUCACAUUUCCCCGAAAUUCACGGCGCGUAAUCUUGCAGCUAGGCCGCCUUCAGGGCCCUUUCCCGCCCUGGGCACAGGUCGCCUUAUCGCAAAUUCCUAUCAGUACAGUCAGGGACAGGAUGCCCUACGGGCGCUUUCCUCACGCGGCCAGCCGAAGAGCCGAAAACGUUCAUUUCAAACCAAGGUGAACAAUGAGAGACGGGAAAAGCAUCUCCGCUAACAGGUUGAGGGUAACUGAAAUUCGAUUCCAUCUGGCACACCCAGUGACAUCAGGACAGAGCACAACUCCAUAAAUACACCAGACGAGACGUAUCAAUAGUGAAGGGGAAAGCUGAAGGUGACGUGGCGAUCAUCCUUGACAACACCGGAGGGGGAAAGGAGAGGAGCCCUUGUGAAAGCUGCAGCCCAAAAGCGGAGUGCCCUCUGCUCGUGCGCGCCGUUCCUCCGCCUGGGAACACAGACGGCGGCGACGCCUGUAAAUUCUGUGCUCGCGCCUGUGGAUUCUUUCCUCGGGAGGGGAAGAGGGCUUCUGGGCCAGGCAGAAAGAUGGUCAUAGAAGGGAAAGCCGGCGGCCCUUCCCGCGCCGCUCCGAAGGGCAGGAAGAGCCGCGCCGCGAAGAGUCCUGCCGCCCAGGCAACGGCCGCGGACGGCUGGGAGCUGCAGAAGACGCAGGCGGUCCCCCCGCCUUCGCCGGCGCACUCCAAUCGCAGUGGCGGCGGAGGCGCGAGCCGCCGGUUGCCUCUCCUCGGAGGCAAGAGUUACCCCCAGAAAAACGCCGAGAUCCUGAGCAGCCAGUACGGCUUGCACCUCUUCCUGGCAGGGCUGCUGCUGAUGUUCGCCUGGGCGGUGCACGCUGCGGGAAUCGCCAAGAGCGCCGUCUUCUCCUACCUCAUCACCCUCAUGUUGCUCCAGCUCCUCUGGAUGGCCUGGUACAUCUGCCGCCGCUACGCGCAGAAGAGGCUGAUCCAGGACAAGGACACACACGCCGGAGCGCGCUGGCUGAAGUGUGGGAUUACUUUGUUUGCUGUGAUUACUUUAAUUAUGGAUUCCUUCAAAAUUGGAUACUUUGUCGGAUUUUCCAGUUGCUUAUCAAUCACAGAAGGCAUUUUUCCUGUGACACAUGCAGUACAUACACUUUUGCAGGUGUACUUCCUAUGGUGCCAUGUGAAGGAUAUAAUCCAAUCCUUUAAAACAUUAGAGAGAUUUGGAGUGAUCCACUCAGUAUUUACAAAUUUGCUUUUGUGGACAAAUGGUGUCUUGACUGAAUCAAAACAUCAACUUAAUGAACACAAGGAAAGAUUAAUAACUCUUGGAUUUGGAAACAUAUCAAUGGAAUUGGAUGACCAUGCACCAUACUGUAAUUGUACAAUACCAGCCCUCUGCUCCAUAUUUUCUCAAGGAAUAUAUUAUCUGUAUCCCUUCAACAUUGAAUAUCACAUUUUAGCAUCCACAAUGCUCUAUGUGCUAUGGAAGAAUAUUGGACGCAAAGUUGAACACCUUCAGCAAAGCAAGACAUCAUUUAAGUUUCAAGGCAAAACAAUGGGCACCAUUUUAGGACUAGUUGUGUUUUCUACAACAAUAGCAGUUGUGGUUGUCUACUUGAUUCAGAUUGGGCGUUCAAAAAUAAAGAGUGAAUUAGCACUCAUAAUGUUUUAUUUGUAUGCUAUCACAGUACUGACACUCAUGUGUGCAGCUGGGAUUGUUGCACUUCUUAUUUACAGACUUGAAGAUAAGUCAUUGGAUGCUUCAAAAAAUCCAGCUAGGAAACUCGAUGCAGACUUACUGGUGGGGACUGCCUCAGGAUCCUGGCUCCUUUCUUGGGGCUCCAUUCUUGCAAUUAUCUGUGCUCAGUCCCACCCUACAUAUUCAUGGUACAAUUUGCCCUAUUCCAUCCUUGUUAUAAUUGAGAAGUAUAUUCAGAACCUAUUCAUAAUUGAAUCCAUACAUCGUGAACAGGAAAGGACUAAUGAUGAUAUUAAAACACUUCGCAUACUUACUGUAUCCAAUGGCAGCAUUCUGUCCAUUGCACCAUCCUACAAGGAAAUAUAUAAUGGAACCAGUGACAUUGAAAGUAGAGAGCUGCCACACAUGUUCAGUGGAAAUAGCUGUCUGCCUGAGAGCAGUGGAAGUAGCACACUGGAUGAAGACAAAAUCCAAGCCAACACUCCAAUCACCCUCUCUAGCUCAGAUUUCUCAAUUUAUAAUGGAAAUAUGAUGAUCAACAAUAAAAGAAGAAUCCUGAAGAACAUUGCUGCAUUUUUGUUCUUGUGUAAUCUGUCGCUUUGGAUUCCUCCGGCUUUUGGCUGCCGCCCUGAAUAUGACAAUGGACUGGAAGAAAUGGUGUUUGGAUUUGAACCAUGGAUCAUUGUUGUUAAUCUUGCAAUGCCUUUUUCUAUUUUCUACCGGAUGCACUCAGCAGCCUCACUUUUUGAGGUCAGCUGCAAAAUAUGAACUUCAUAAAUCCUAAAGACUGUAGAUGGAUAAGAGACUGAGAAGCUAGUACAUCCUCAGAUUUUUGAUCAAAAGAGGAUGUCCAGUGACUUGAGUGACUAGAAAAUUAAGAAUAUGCAGCACUUCACUGAAUGGAGUACUUCAUACCUCAUCAUUGGUCCCCUAUACAGCAAGCAAGCGAUAAUAUUUUGUUUCUAAUUUUGUAUGGCUAAAGGCACAAUCCUGAGUAUAUCCAGAGGUAUGCUGGGUUUAUUUCCAAGGGGAUGCGCAUAGGAUUGCAGCUUAAGCUAAUGAAUAUUCUAAUAACAUAUAAAUGUAUGUGGUAUUUUUCUCUGUGUUGUUAGAGGUUAAUCAUAUGGUCUCUAAGGCACAAUUCACCCACAUUAAUUGUGACAUCUAUACAACUGGGUAUGUUAUUACAGUCUUUAAGUCCCAUUGAUUGCAGUGGAGAAAAAUUGAAAGAAAUAUAAAUGGAACUUUAUGGGAAUGAUGCAGUAACUUUUAAAAGUUCUGCCUGCACUUCUUUCUAAAUAUCUUUUGA